CAAUUCCAAAUGAAAACAUCGACUGAAUAUCGAUGAUCAAUUGUAUCGAUAUUCGAAUUCGAUAGUAUCGAAAUUCUGUUUGCGGUAAAAGGAGUAACCGAAACAGAAACGGUUCUUGAAUAAGAAUAAGGUAAAAAUGGCGACAGUUACUGAAGAGAAUGUUACAAUUGAAACGGUUGAUGGACAAGAAGAGAACUUGGAUUUAUCAUCUGUUAACCUAAACGUUGCUGAAGAUGAACCAUGUGAUAGUAAUUCAACAACAGUGGUAAAGAAAAAAAAGAAAAAGAAAAAUAAACCCAAAAAAGGAGGUGAAGGUGGUGGAGAUAAAGGUGUUAAACAAACUGUUCCUCCUUCCAUUCCAAUCAGUCAAUUGUUUUCUAAUGAAGAUUAUCCCAUUGGUGAGAUAAUGGAUUAUCCCAAAGUGGAAAAUGACAAUCGCACAGCAUCCGAUCGAACAACAAAUGCUGAAAAGAAGGCUCUAGAUUCUGCCAACAUUGACAUGUACAAAGAAUUGAGACAAGCCGCUGAGGCUCAUAGACAAACCCGUAAAUACAUGCGAGACUUUAUUAAACCAGGAAUGAAGAUGAUAGAGAUAUGUGAAACAUUAGAAGAUAUCGCUCGAAAGCUGAUCAACGAAAAGGGUUUAGAAGCUGGACUUGCAUUUCCAACUGGAUGCUCAUUGAAUCAUUGUGCUGCUCAUUAUACCCCAAAUGGUGGUGAUAAUACAGUAUUUGAAUAUGAUGAUGUUUGUAAAAUUGACUUUGGAACACAUAUAAAUGGAAGAAUCAUCGAUUGUGCCUUCACUAUGACUUUUAAUGAUAAAUAUGAUAAACUAUUGGAAGCCGUUCGUGAAUCAACAAAUACAGGAAUCAAAGCUGCUGGAAUUGACGUCCGUCUAUGUGAUAUUGGUGAACAAAUUCAAGAAGUUAUGGAAUCAUAUGAAGUUGAACUUGAUGGUAAAACUUAUCCUGUUAAAGCAAUUCGUAAUCUGAAUGGUCACUCUAUUGGACCUUAUCGUAUUCAUGCCGGUAAAACGGUUCCAAUUGUAAAAGGAGGAGAUCAAACAAAAAUGGAGGAAGGUGAAGUCUAUGCCAUUGAGACUUUUGGUAGUACAGGUCGAGGUUACGUUCAUGAUGAUCAAGACUGUUCUCAUUAUAUGAAAAAUUUUGACGUUGGUCAUGUUCCAUUAAGGUCAGCUAAAUCCAAGCAAUUACUCAAUGUGAUCAAUCAAAAUUUCGGUACUCUAGCUUUCUGUCGUCGAUGGUUGGACAGGUUGGGUCAAAGUAAAUAUCUUCUUGCUCUCAACGAUUUAUGCCAAAAAGGAAUUGUCUCUCCGUAUCCUCCUCUUUUCGAUAUCAAGAAAAGUUAUACUGCCCAAUUUGAACAUACGAUCAUUUUAAGGCCAACUUGUAAAGAGGUUGUCAGUCGAGGUGAUGAUUAUUAGAUUGUUGAUGAAAAUUGACUUUGAAAAUUUCGACCUGUUCAUUAAAAGGAAAAGCUAAUUGGAUCAAAUCUCUCACACACUCUCUCUCUCAAUGAUUCUUAUAUUCUGGAAAUUUGUCUGCCCAGGAUAUUUUCUGAAACACCAAUUUGAAAACUAAAACACCAAAUUACUAAUCCAAUGUUGUCCUCCAAUUUUUACACUGAUUUAAUUUAAGAAAACAAAUUGUCUAAUUCAAAGUAAAUCAAACCUUUGAAUUGAGAUUAUUUUGAGACAACCCAACAAUCAAUUUGCUUGUUAAUGUUACGCAUUACAUUUCAGUCUAAUUUACCUUAAGAAAUUUUCUUUAAUUGAAUUAUAAUAUGAAAUAUAUUUGAUGAAAAUUCAAACUUUUGUCAACUAA